AUGAGCUCCGAACAGCCCGCAACCCGCUGGGCCGCCUUUGCGCGCGACACCAACGAGACCAAGAUCCAGAUCGCCCUCAACCUUGAUGGCGGCGCAUUCCCACCCGAGACCGACGAGCGCCUGAACGUCGCUGUCGCUGAAGGUCACGCCUCUCAGGCCAGCAAGUCGCAAACAAUCAGCAUCAAUACCGGCAUCGGUUUCCUCGAUCACAUGCUCCAUGCGCUCGCCAAGCAUGCUGGCUGGUCUCUUGCUCUUGCCUGCAAGGGCGACCUUCACAUCGACGACCACCACACCGCCGAAGACGUCUGCAUCGCUCUCGGCUACGCCUUUGCCAAAGCCCUCGGCACUCCCACCGGUCUCGCGCGCUUCGGAUUCGCAUACUGCCCUCUCGACGAGGCCCUCAGCCGCGCCGUCGUCGAUCUGUCGAACCGCCCCUUUGCCGUUGUUGAUCUCGGUCUCAAGCGUGAGAAGAUUGGCGACCUCAGCACCGAGAUGAUCCCUCACUGCAUCCAGAGCUUUGCCGGCGCUGCUCGCAUCACCGUGCACGUCGACUGCCUCCGCGGCGACAAUGACCACCAUAGAGCCGAAAGCGCGUUCAAGGCGCUCGCGGUUGCCACGAGGCAGGCUACUAGCCGGGUGGCGGGUCGCGAGGGCGAGGUUCCUAGUACCAAGGGAACGCUCAGCGUAUAA